AUGGGACUGAGCGACGAUGCAAUGAUGCACCUGCCCAAGUCGGAUAUGGAAGAAUGCCAGAGAAGUCUGAUAGCAUCAGCCUACAACAUGGAUCGUGUGAUGGAGAAGUUGCAACGCUUGCAAGAAAGUUGGAUAGCUAGUCCCUUGCAGCGGGUCCAGUCCUCGCCUGACUUCCACGUGAACCGCGUCAACGUCGUCCAUGGCGUUUGCACUCCGCGGGUGGACAAUGACCAUGGCAACUGCGGCGGCCGGCAGCCGGACGGCCCGGAGUCGCCCAUCUUCGGAGCGCCUGGCGGUCCAGACUGGAAAGACUUGCUGAGCCAAAGUGCCGUGCAAGGACGAAUCGUGGCAUAUCUUGAGCAGGCGACCGCGUUGUCGCUGCUGUUCGCUCGCCCCAAAAGCGAUGCGUGUGAGCUCUUCUCCCAACUGGACUCCUUGCGAGAGGACCAGGAGAUCCUCCAGCAGUGGGACCACUUUCCCUCCAUUCCCUCAGUGCUUCUGCAGCUGGACGAGGUUGAUGCGAGCAGUAGAUCUAAAGCUGCGGAUGAAGUGUCUUUGGACACUCCCGAUGCACAGCAUCGCGAGACUCGGCAAUUCGCAUGGAAACCCGCGCAGCAGCUUCAAGCCGCAGGCGCCCCGCAGCCAGCUGUGAAGUACCUGCCCCGGUCGGUCCCUGCAGUGCCGGCGCCCGGCGGCCCCGGGGGCACCGGGGGCCGGGGGGGCGCCGGGCCCCAGGUCGCUCCAAAGGCAGAGACGGCAGAGUCGCUUACGAGGAUGCCGGCCCAGCUCCCAAGUUCUAUCACUAGCAGCUUCGAUCUCGAGGGUCGCCUGGGUACCGGCGCGGUGGCACAGGUUCUGCGCCUGCGGCAACGGAAGACGGGGAUGAAGUUGGCCCUGAAAGUUAUUGAGAAGCACCCGCUGAAAAUUCGAGGGAUGCUACCUCAGGUGGAACGAGAAGUGAAGAUCCACGGGUUGAUGCGGCACCCCAACGUCCUCAGGCUGUUCCAUUGUGUUCAAGAUGAAAGUCAUUUAUACAUGAUUCUGGAGCUGGCAGAGAGCAGUUUGCGGACUUUGAUGAUGAAGCAACCCUUACAGCGCUUGAAGGAGCCCUUGGCUGCAGCCCUCUUCAAGCAGAUCGUGGACGGUGUUCAGCACAUCCAUAGGAAGAGAUGUGCACACCGAGACUUGAAGCCAGAGAACAUUCUGUUGGCAGGGUUGUGCCCCAAGAUCUGCGACUUCGGCUGGUGCGCCGAUCAGCUCCUGGAGUCGGAGCCGCGGCGGCGGCGCACCACCUGCGGCAGCCAUCAGUACAUGGCGCCGGAGGUCUUGUUCAGCGAAGGCCACGGCAAGGAGGUGGACCUCUGGAGUCUCGGGGUGCUUCUUUACGAACUCUUGAGUGGUGUCACACCCUUCCUGGCUGCUGGCAAUGGCAAAUCGUUUCAACAAAAGGUUCAUAUGGUUGAGUACCCGUGCCCCCCAUGGUUUUCCCACGAAGCCUGUCAUUUGGUGCGCGGCUUGUUGCAACGCUUGCCACAACAUCGGAGACCCUUGACAGAGGUCUUGCGACAUCCUUGGCUGCAAAAAUACUUCCGCGCCUUCCUACAGCAGCUUCAGCAGCACACCGCGCGGGCGCGCGCAGCAGGAGCCAACAAGAGCUUGAACAAGACUUGGUGCCGCGGGCUCCAGAGCCCCGUCCGGCGACCGUGUCCCGCGCGACCAGCUGCACCCAUGGGGCCAGGUCCUUGCCCUUUGGGUCCCUGUUCGGUUGCACCUGGCUGCGCGGCACCGCCGGCACCGUUGGGAGGUGCUCAGCCACUGGGUGUUGGUCACCCGCGAUCUCCCAGGCAGCCAGAGGCGCCACGGAUGCAUGCUUACCCUGCAACCCCCCAGGGGCGCCCUGCUGGGGUUCCUUGGAACCCUCGUGUUCCAGCGCCGGCGCCUCCGGGGCCUCCCCUGCGCAGCCAUCGGAGUCCAAGGGACCCGACACCCGUUUCAGGUCGACCUUGGCCACCGACGGCGACGCAAAAUCUGUUGGUUGGAAAACGGAGCGUGGCACUGCGGGCUGCAAGGGAACUGGAGCCGAAGGCUUGGUGGAUUUGGAAACCCAUCAACUCCAGCUGUGGUCGAGGCAUCAAGUUGCUGCCAAACCAUUUGACCAACAAGGUCAUAGCUCGUUUGGAGUCCAAACAGGGCAUCAUUCAGCGCUACGUGGAGCGUCCCCUGCUGCUGGACGGAUACAAGUUCGACCUGCGGCUCUAUGUGGUGGUGACAUCGUUUGACCCCUUGAAGGUCUACCUCUUCAAGGAAGGCUUGGUGCGUUUGGCCACGGAGCGCUACUCCUUGAGCCCCAACUCGCUGAAGAAGCGAACGAUGCACCUCACCAACUAUUCCGUGAACAAGCGUUCCGCCAAGUACGUGCAGAACCGCGACGGCAAGGCGCCACCAGUCCCAAAGGUUGCAGCGCCAGAAGAGGACUUGGCGACCAUGGAGCUGGAGGAGGAUGCGGACGAUUGCCCAACUGAAGCAGGGUUGACUGACAUGAACGAGAGUGAAGAUGAAGAGGAGGGAGAAGAGGCGUCAGCUUCUGGCACUUCGGCAAGUGAUCCACAGGGUCAAGCCACAUCCAAAUGGACCUUGAAGGACCUGCAGGAGUAUUUCGAAGCCAAGGGAUUGGACUACCCGUUGGUCUUGUCCAAGAUUAAGGAACUCAUAGUCAAGAGCCUGAUUGCGGUAGAGACGCCGAUUGUGAGUGCCUGGCACAACGGCGCCAACUACGCACGACGCAACGGAGCCAGCCUGGUAGGACCCAACCAAACCUGCUUCGAACUCUACGGUUUCGAUGUUUUGGUGGAUCAAAAGCUUCGGCCCUGGCUGCUUGAAGUGAACACUUGCCCAUCCUUAUCUUCCUCUUCGCCCUUGGACAAGCGUUUGAAGACUCAGUUGGUUGCGGAUAUGCUGACCCUGGUUGGUUUGAGCCCUUACUUCGAGGAGCGGCCAAGCAGCGGCCGCUCACGUGCGGACAAGGGAGCACGCGUCCACGUACGGCCCACGGUGGAACGGCUUCAGUCAGAGAACCUUCGCCUGCGGGACCUUGGCGAGGCCGAGUGGUCCAUCAUCCUGGAUGCACACGAUGAGUACCUGCGUCGAGGGGCCUAUGAGCGGAUUUUCCCAGAUCUGAACUUUCAGGAAUUUUUUCGGAUACAGCGCUAUGGCAACUGUGUCCUUGCCAAAUGGCUUCGUGAAGGAGGUGAAACAUGCUUCCUCCCCGGCCGCGAAGAUCUGCGGCCCAAUUGGUUGCCUUUGCAACUCUUCACCGGUGCUUGUUGA